GAAAUACGAGAGAGAAUAAGUUUCAAUGUGUGCGUGGAAACAAUACUGCGCAAGACAGAAUUCGGAAUUUGAAAAAUCAAAACUACGCGCCUGCUCUCUUUUCCUCUAUACUGCUAGUCAAAGAGUGCGAGCGGGAUGGGAGUAACAGUUUCGAUAAACGGACGUCAUAGUAGAGAUAACCGGGGAUGACACACCCUGAGUUGUGCGCAUGCGUGCUUCAGUAUUCAGAGGGUUGAUAGGGAUGGGGUGAUGAGUUGUCGAUAUAGUUUUUGGAUCGAAUAAAAACGUAUUUUUUUAGAUACCUACAGCAAAAUAAAAUGUACAGGUAAACUGCACAAAAACGAUACCUUCUUCGAGUAUUUGUGAAUUUUGUUGAUUUGUGUUUGUGUAACUUUUAUACCAAACAAGUUUAAAAAAGACGUAUUGUUUUAUUGAGCAUCUUAAAAUCAGUAAGAUUCAUGCCGAUGAUCAAGCAAAAGAUGACAACAUUUUUUUUACUUACUGUACCUGUGGCUAUUAUUUUUUUGCUGUAGAAUAUUAUAAUAUUGUAACACCUUGAUAUUUCUAACUGACUAAAUUAACUUUUCUUGGCAUUUUGCUUAUAUUUAUCUUCUAACGAGUCUUAGUCUUAAAAAUCAUACGAUAUCUUCCCACUGAAUAUUUUUUUAUCGACAGAUCUUGGUACAAACAUCCCUAUGGCAACUGCCCUCCCUCUAUCGAUCUGCACCCACAAAGCCUAAUUUUGCCUGUUUGCUCAACAUUGUCCAUGACCAAACGUCUCAAGAAUCACCAUUUAACAAGCCAAAACAAACCUAAACUUAUAUAUUUAAGGUUGAUUUUAGAUUGUCAGAGCUUUAAAAUGAAGCCUAUUGGGGAUUGAAUUUAAUUUCUUCCCAUCACUUCAGAGCAUGCGAUAUUGUAUUUUACGCAACUGAAAAUAGAUGCCAUUUCCGUUAACUGCAUAUUAAGUGUGGUUUUCACAGGCCGCUGGAAGAACGGUUUCAGCAAAAUGUGUGUUUUACUAUGAUACCUGAGUCCUUAGGCUCGGAGACGGUCUGAGCUGGAUUGUGGGAUGGUGUGGGCAUAGUGGGAAAGUGGGCAGUGGGAUUCAGCAUGUGGGACUGUGGUUUAGCGAUAUGGUUGCUCUUGGCGCUGGUGGGCGCGCAGAAGCCGAACCUCGACGCCAUCCUGAACCGACGGACAGACGUCUACAUCGCCGGCUUCUUCCCUUUUGGCAAGGGCGUCGAGAACUCGCAUACUGGCCGAGGUGUAAUGCCAAGUGUCAAGCUGGCCUUGGACCACGUGAACGAGCAUGACAGCGUGCUGAGGAACUACCGACUGCAUAUGUGGUGGAAUGAUACUGAGUGCAACGCAGCAGUAGGAGUGAAGUCAUUUUUCGACAUGAUGCACUCGGGCCCGCAUAAGCUGAUGCUGUUCGGCGCCGCCUGCACCCAUGUCACAGACCCCAUAGCCAAGGCUUCCAAGCAUUGGCAUCUUACGCAGCUCUCAUACGCAGAUACUCAUCCCAUGUUCACCCGAGAAGCCUUCCCCAACUUUUUCCGCAUCGUACCCUCGGAGAACGCCUUCAACAUGCCUCGGAUCAGACUCCUGCAGCACUUCAACUGGACGAGGGUUGGGACUAUCUAUCAGAACGAACCGAGAUAUGCACUAGCACACAACGACCUUAUCUCCGACCUGGACAACCACGAGAUCGAGAUCCUGGAGCAGCAGAGCUUCGCAUCAGAAGUCAAGUCAGCGCUCGCCAAGCUCAAGGAGAAGGAUAUAAGAAUCAUCCUGGGCAACUUCAACGAGAGCUGGGCAAUGGAGAUUUUUUGUGAAGCUUACAAACUCGAGAUGUACGGACGCGCGUACACCUGGCUUCUCCUCGGCACCUACACCCCAAAAUGGUGGAAGCGCCACGCUCCCUGCUCCAGGCGGGACCUAACCACAGCACUGGACACUGCCAUCCUCACGGAUCUGCUGCCACUAUCCACUACAGGGCAGAUGACUGUCUCCGGCAUAAGCCCUAAAGAGUACCAAGUCGAAUACGACAGGAGAAGAGGCGCUGAAUAUUCCAGAUUCCAUGGCUACACUUAUGAUGGAAUCUGGGCCAUGGCGCUGGCGAUCCAGACUGUGGCACAGCGGGUGAAGCUGCGGUACAAAGAGAAGACGGUCUUGGACUUCAGGUAUCGGGAUAAGGAAUGGGAGCAGUUGUUCCUGGACGCUCUUAGCAACGUCACAUUUGAGGGGGUCACGGGCCCAGUCCGCUUUCACAACAAUGAGCGGAAAGCUUCUAUUUUGCUGAAACAGUUCCAAGGGGAUGAAGUUGGGGAAGUGAAAGUAGGGGAGUACUGCGCAGAGCGAGACCAUCUAGAUCUUACCAAUGGACAGAUGUUCAAAUGGUUCGGGAAGAACCCUCCAAAAGAUCGCACGCUGCUCCUCAUCGAGCACACCCAGGUCAACAUCACCAUCUACUCGUUCCUGGUCUCCUGUUCCAUCAUCGGUAUUAUCCUCGCCAUCGGUUUCCUGGCCAUGAAUAUACAUUACAGGAAUCAGAGGUACAUCAAGAUGUCCUCACCACACCUCAACAACCUCAUCAUCAUCGGCUGCAUGUUAACUUAUCUAAGCGUCAUCUUUCUUGGUCUCGACUCCAGCCUCAGCAGCAUAGGUCUUUCUCAGGAACCCCAGCGUGGAGCCGCGUUCCCCUACAUCUGCACGGCGAGGGCGUGGCUUCUGAUGGCCGGAUUCAGCUUGGCCUUCGGUGCCAUGUUCUCCAAGACCUGGAGAGUUCACUCCAUCUUCACGGAUGUCAAGCUUAAUAAAAAGGUUAUCAAGGACUACCAGCUGUUCAUGGUGGUGGGCGUGCUGCUGUGCGUGGACUUCGCUAUCAUGAUCACCUGGCAGGUCUCCGACCCCUUCUACCGCGCCACCAAGCGGAUGGAUCCUGUGCCGCAUCCAACGAGCGAAGAUAUUGAGAUAGUUCAGGAGAAUGAAUAUUGCCAGUCGGAACAGAUGAAUAUCUUCAUAGGAGUCAUCUAUGCUUACAAGGGAUUGCUAUUGGUUUUCGGCGCCUUUCUGGCUUGGGAAACACGGCACGUCUCCAUCCCAGCGCUCAACGACUCUAAACACAUCGGCUUGUCCGUCUACAACGUGCUGAUAGUGUGCAUUACUGGAGCUCCCCUUGCAUUGGUUUUGGCAGACCACAAAGACGCUCUGUUUGUCUUAAUCGCUAUAUUCAUUAUUUUUUGCACAACAGCAACCCUAUGCCUCGUUUUUGUUCCUAAGCUACUAGAGCUCCGUCGCAACGGCCAGCCCGGCACGGCUCAGUCCCGGAUCCGAGCGACUCUCCGUCCGGCGUCCACGCAUGAGUGUCGGAGUCCGGGACCAGAACUCGAACGGAAGCUGAAGGAGCUCCGACAAUACAACAACCGGUACCGGAGGACAUUGCAGGCUAAAGAAAAUGAACUACAGAUGUUACUUAGCAAGUUGGGCAGCGAUGCUGGGUCUGAAUCAUCCACAACCAAGGACUCUAGAUCACCAGCAGCAAUGACAACAAAGCUGCCAUUGCCUAAGGAAAAUAUUAGCCAUCCAGAAACUAGCGAUAUUACAUCAGUAUGCAGCCUCAGCGCAUCAGCAGGAGCAGAGGCUGAAUAUAUCAAUCUACAGAAUCAAGUCAACGAAAAAACAAAAGCAUCAGCACCCCCAGAGCCAGUUAAAGAAAUCCUCAAAGAAACCCCUAAAGAGCCAAAGAAGGAACAGACCAAGAAUGUUUCCUUUAAGAACCACCUAGACUACACCAGCCCACCGUCGUCCAAGGCUGUUCCGGAGAAGGAUCAGCUCGCCAAGUUGCCUUAUGGGUGGACGGCAGAGGUGAGAAUGGAGCCCUCCGAACCCGCCCCUAAGUCCUCACUCAAGCAAGAACCAGUGCGGGCUGAAGCCAAGACGGUUCCAGCCCUUAAGCCAAGUGACACCCCCACUGCCAAGUCCGUGCCGGCUAAAGUGCAGGAGCCUAUGUAUACUAAGGCUGCUACACCAAAGAUUAAUAAGACACCAGAACUACAAAAGAAGCAAAUGAAAAUCCCCGAGCCCAAAACACCUCCUCGAGAUCAGAAGCCGAGGGGCCACCGACGCAUGUCCAGCGUCAGUGGAGCCCUGCUCACAGACCUCAUGCACGUGUCUGUGGACCAGGAUGAUCUGGAGCCCCCACCUGGCAUGGAGAGGAAGGUCAUAGGGCAAGAAAGAGACCCACCAGUGCCUCCUAAACCUAAACAAGAACCUGAAGACAUACUAGAUAUAGAUGCAGACUACUCCACAGCAGAACGAAAGAAAGCCUGUCAAAGAAGAGACUCCGAAAGGAGAAAGAAAGAAUUCAUAGUGGUGCAGAGCGACCUGUGGGACACGAAUACCUUUCAAUACACGUGUCAAAAGUCACCGCCAGGAAAAACUGAAACCGGCCACCAUCACUCUCCGAUGCAGAGGAGUGUAUCAGAGAAGAGCCGGCAGCAGUCUUCGCCUCAUCAUCAUAGGGAGGUUGAUAGCAGGAGUUUAGAAAGAAGAGCUUCCAAUGCUUCCAUAAAUUAUGGUACCACGAGAGGAGGAACACCUGAAGGCUACCGGGAAGCGGAGACUCUUCGAAUGACCGACCGGCUAGCGAAGCGGCGAGGGUCAGAAUUCCCACAACCAGUAAGCACACCCCCGCUUCAGACCCAGAGUAAACGAAGGCAGUCUUCAGCUCAAGUAAGAAGUUACCAAGAUGAAAAACAAGAUAGGCCAGAAAAGUCUGAAACACCUCGAAGACACGACGAUAUACCAAGAAAACCUCUCCCUGAACAACAGGAGAACAACUGGAGACCAGACCCAGACACGAUACGAGUGACGAAAUCGCAAGACUCGCCAGCGAAGAGGUUACGGCAUGAGGCAGAGCCCCUAAAACGGGCGAAGGGUGUUGGUGAUUCGCCUAGGUUGACACAGGCGCACACGCCGAGGCCAGACCAUCAUAAGAGCAGCCCUAACGUCGCGUCGAGGCAUAAAUCAGGUUCACCAAACAAACGCGAAGAACGCAAAUCAGCAACGUACGGGCGCAGUGACUCCAAACGCCAGGAGUCCGUUGACCAACGAAAGAUGUACACAGCAAGCUCAGAGUCCGAACUUUUCGAGUGCGCAAUCUUACCCAUCUUCCACAAAUUACUCACAGAGCGGCAUAAAAGUCAACCCCAUGGUCUCAACCUCACCUAUGGCGUCAGCUGUCCUAACAUCUCGAUAAAAUGCGACAUAGUUGAAUAUUUGUAAGUAGAGUUUUAGGUUUAGGACAGGAGCAAUACUUUAUCUGCGUUGAACUCAACUUCAAUGUUUACAACGUUAAAACCGUUCAUAUCUCAAAUGUCAAUUGUAAUGGAGACAAGACUCAUAACAGUUUCAUAACCACGAGUAAAGUUGUAAAAGUAAUUGUUUAUUCUAAAUAUUCUGAUUUCGUUUUUUGAUGCGGAAUCCUGAUAGUCUAACAUCAAUCAAUUUUUCGCGUUAUGGCUCCCUGAUUGACACUGAGUCACUGACACAAUUUUGACAGUUCAGUAGUGCUGCCACGUUGACAAAGAUUAGGAGAAAUAGUAGAACAGGCGUAGGUAUUUUCUAAAUAUUUUAAGCCAGUUAUAAAUAUCUUUUCUGGUGAAGCAAGAUGCCUUUUAUUUAUAAUUCUUAUAUUUUGGCAAUAAAGUGUUGUGAAAUUGUGACCAGAGCGCAAUAAACAAUAUCAUAGUUGUUUUUCUUUAUGACUAGGUAAAUGGAAAUUGUAAAAUAGGAUAAACCGAAAUUUUUGUGCCUCGUGACUUUACCAAAAGUGCAAUAACGAAUAAAAAUACUACCAAUUGACGCUUAUAAAUAAUGUGAACUAAUUUAGUUUGAAUUAACAUUUUUGUGAGUACGAUAAUACUUGUACAACAAUAUUAAAAUACUUGUCUACCUAAUCAAACUGUAGAAUUUAUUACACAUUAUUAAAAUAACUCUUGUAUUUAGCAGAAACUGAUUAAAAUUUGGUACGAUUUUUAGAUAUGAUUGUAAAAAUAAUGAUUGAAUGUUAAAAUAAGUAAACAAAGUUCUCAACGACAAGUUCGCUCACGGGUUUUAGAUUUUAAUGUAAAAAUCAAGUGUUGUUAAUUCUUUAACAUCGAAUAUUAUACGUCUUCUUUGAAAAAUCGUUCGCACAAAGUUAAUUUGUAUCUCGAAGCACACCUUGUGUAUUCAACUAUAUGCGAAUAUUCUUAAAAUCUUUUAAAAAGAAUUUGCAAAUUUAAAUUCCUUUAUGAGGUUAACCAUAAUAUUAUAUAACUGAGACCACAAUAUUAAAAAAAAUACUUUAAUUGGGAAUGGAUAAUGAAAACCUCAGGAUAUUAAGAAUAUUCCUUCAGUCCUUAAUCUAUAGGUACUCCAGGAAGGUAGGCGUAGUUUGUGCUCAUCGUAAACUCUGGCUCACUCUUCCGUAUUAAAAGGGAUAGAGACGGAACACACGCUAAGCUUACCUUUCCGAAAUCAGUUGUGAUAUUCCUAGUCUCAUUAAUUGUAAUAUAAUGUUAAUUUUAAUACAUUAGUUUCCUUUAGAUGUUACAAAGUGCAAAUAUUUGUAUGUAUUUUCAAAUUUAUUGUUGUUGGUCCGGCAUUUUAUUAUGUACAUGUGCACGUAAAUAAAGACUUGAUAGUUCUAAGACUUUAAAAUAUGUAUUGUAUAUUGUAAGAUAUUAAAUAAUUUGAUUACA